UGCACAACGAACAAGAAUCUAUACAAUAGUGGUAUAAUGGCUCGGUGUGCCUCUGAAUUGGGAUUACAUUUGGCACCAUACAUGAAAGCAAUGUAUGCUGUUAUAACAAUCAUCUUGCUCUUAAAUCUUCUGAUUGCAAUGUACAGCCACACUUUUGAAGAAGUUCAUGAAAAGAGCAAAUUCUAUUGGUCGCAACUUCAAACAGAUUUCUUAGAAGAAUUUAGCGUGAAGAGCGUAUUUCCAAUGCACCUCCAACUAAUAGCGUUACCCGCUUGCUUAGUUCAUUUCAUUCUGUGGUGUAUUAUUCAUUUCUUGCGUCAGAAAUUUAUCAAUAUGUGUGGGGGAGUAGAUAAUGAUGGUGAUGAUGUUGAUAAUGCGUCCCAGCAGGAUCAAGAUUUAGAGGACGCUAAUGAGAGACCUAAAAGUUCUGAGAUUGACCAUAACGUGAAAGCAGACGAACCCAAAAGCCAACCGAUUGAAAUACAUUUUAAAGACAAGGGGAAAAAAUUGAACAGAAGCCCAAUGUUUGUAAGGG